GCACAUUUGCGCUUCCUGGACUAGAGGUGACAUAAAGUCAAAAUGGGUCACACAAGUUUGGAGAAGAUAAUUGCACUGCAGAAGAAAACCUCACACAUCAGGAAUCUGUGCAUUCUUGCUCAUGUAGAUCAUGGGAAGACGACAUUAGCAGACUCCCUGGUGGCAAGUAAUGGUAUUAUCUCCAGUCGUUUAGCUGGAAAGCUGAGAUAUCUGGACAGCAGAGAAGAUGAGCAGAUCAGAGGAAUCACUAUGAAGUCCAGCGCUAUUUCUUUACAGUACACAACAGGAGGAAACGAGUACCUUAUUAAUCUGAUCGACUCUCCUGGUCACGUGGACUUCUCCUCUGAGGUGUCCACUGCCGUCAGACUGUGUGAUGGGGCCAUUGUUGUUGUUGAUGCCGUCGAGGGAGUGUGUCCGCAGACACAAGUUGUUCUACGACAGGCUUGGCUGGAGAAUAUCCGUCCUGUUCUUGUCAUCAACAAAAUCGACCGGCUGAUCGUGGAGCUGAAACUCACUUCACAGGAGGCGUUCACUCACCUGCAGAAAAUACUCGAGCAGGUGAAUGCAGUUACCGGCUCGUUAUUCACCUCUAAAGUCCUGGAGGAGCGAGCAGAGAAGGACGCAGAAGCUCAGAGCAGCUGUACAGAGAACAGCAGUGCAGAUCAGGUGUACGACUGGAGCGCAGGUUUAGAAGAAACCGAUGACUCUGACCUCUACUUCAGUCCUGACCGUGGAAAUGUGGUGUUUGCCAGCGCUAUAGACGGCUGGGGCUUCAGCAUUCAUCAGUUUGCCGAGAUGUACAGUCAGAAAAUGGGCAUCCGCUCCUCGGUUCUGCUCAAGACCCUGUGGGGAGAUUUCUACCUCAACGCCAAAGCCAAAAAAAUCAUGAAGGGAGCUCAGUCCAAAGGAAAGAAACCUCUGUUUGUGCAGCUUGUCCUGGAUAAUAUCUGGAAUAUGUAUGAUGCUGUGGUCACUAGAAGGGACAAGGAAAAGGUGGAGAAGAUGGUGACCUCUCUGGGGUUAAAGGUCAUGUCUCGUGACCUGAGACACUCGGACCCCAAAGUGCUCCUCAGUGCCAUCUGCAGCCAGUGGCUUCCUGUGUCUCGAGCUGUGCUCUCAAUGGUGUGUGAAAAGCUGCCCUGCCCAGCUGAGAUCUCGGCGGAGAGAGUGGAAAAGCUGAUGAGCGUGGGAGCGCGCAGGUUCGACUCUCUGCCCGAGAAAACACAGGAGCUAAAAAAAGCAUUUCUAGAUUGUUCGGCUGAUGAGACGGCGCCGGUAAUCGUCUUUGUGUCAAAGAUGUUUGCUGUGGACUCCAAAGCUCUGCCACAGAACAAACAGAGGCCGUUGACUCAGGAGGAGAUCGCCCAGAGAAGGGAACUGGCCAGGCAGCGGCACGCAGAGAGACAAGCUGCCAAUCAGAGCGCAGAAAGUCCCGGGUCGGCUGAUGCUGGAAGGACUUCAACCCCAGCAGGCCCGGCCAGAGGUGCUGUCACAGAUGCUCUGUGUGCGCAGACAGAGGCUCUUUCGGUCAAAGCUGCAGUCGAGGAGGAAAACAAAGAGCAUUUUGUGGCCUUCGCACGAGUCUACAGCGGCGUCGUCAGAAAAGGCCAAAAGGUGUUUGUGCUCGGACCCAAAUACAACCCGUCGCUGGCGCUCAGAGCGCUGCCUGAAGGAUGUUCAGUAGCUGAUGUUUUACCCAGCAUCCCUCACAUGGCCUGCUGUACCGUGGACAGCCUCUACCUGCUGAUGGGCCGCGAGCUGGAGGAACUGGAUGAGGUUCCCUCAGGAAAUGUUCUCGGUAUUGGUGGAAUGGAGGAAUUCAUUCUCAAGUCGGCCACCAUCUCAACAUCUCCGGCCUGCCCGCCCUUCACGCCACUCAACUUUGAAGCUACGCCCAUCGUCAGAGUAGCAGUCGAGCCCAAACAUCCAAGUGAGAUGCCGAAGCUGGUGCGUGGGAUGAGGUUACUGAACCAGGCCGACCCAUGUGCCGAAGUGUUGAUUCAGGAGACAGGAGAGCAUGUCCUGGUCACUGCAGGAGAAGUGCAUCUACAACGCUGCCUGGAUGACUUGAGAGAGAGGUUUGCUAAAAUUGAAAUCAGUGCAUCCGAACCAAUCAUUCCGUUCCGCGAGACUGUGAUCCGGCCUCCCAAAAUGGACAUGGUGAACGAGGACCUGGGAAAGCAGCAGAAGGUGGCGGUGAUUCACCAGGUCAAGGAGGAACAAAUGAAGAAUCCCGAAGGCAUUCAGGUGGAUUCCACCGGUCUGGUCACGCUCACCACCUCUAACAAGAUGGCCACGGUCGGGGUGCGGGCUAUUCCUCUUCCUGAGGAAGUCACCCGCCUUCUGGAGGACAAUGUAGAGCUCAUCCGCACAAUGGAGCAGUUCAGCCUGUUCGCCUGGGAGGACAAGACUCUGGACAUCAACCAGAAAAUCUUGGAGAACAUCCAGGAUUUCAAGGUGAAGUUGGAGAGCAACCUGCAAGGCCACAAAUGGAAGGAAGCCGUGGAGCGUAUCUGGGCAUUUGGUCCGCGCCGGUGUGGGCCAAAUAUUCUCCUCAACAAUAUCGAGGGCUACCGGAGACCCUCCGUGUGGCAGUGUCUGGAACGAGAGAAGGAAACCGAAAGGGCCGAGAUCAGAGACUUUGACAACAGCAUUGUGAGUGGCUUCCAGCUGGCCGCGCUUUCUGGUCCCAUGUGUGAGGAACCUUUGAUGGGGGUUUGCUUCUCUGUCGAGACCUGGCACAUGAAGCUUUCUGCACCACCUCUAGCUCAGCAAGACUCAGUCAAUGAGGAUUCCCAACCUGCAGAGCCAAGUAAUGACGACCAAAGUGAGAGUUCUGACGUUCACGAGACGAGCUCUAACCGAAGCAGGAGCAGAGUGGAGGCUGCCGGGGGUUCGGUGGACUGUUAUGGGCCAUUCUCAGGGCAGCUCAUCGCUGCUAUGAAGGACGCCUGCAGAUUCGCCUUCCAAGCUAAACCUCAGCGGCUGAUGGCUGCCAUGUAUACAUGUGAAAUCAUGGCCACUGCUGAGGUCUUGGGUCGUAUGUAUGCCGUUCUGUCCAAGCGAGAAGGACGAGUCCUACAAGAGGAGAUGAAGGAAGGGACAGACAUGUUCAUUAUUAAGGCUGUACUUCCUGUUGCUGAGAGUUUCGGAUUCGCUGACGAGAUCAGGAAGAGGACGAGUGGCCUGGCCAGCCCACAGCUAGUAUUCAGCCACUGGGAGGUCAUCAGCAGUGAUCCAUUCUGGGUUCCCACUACUGAAGAGGAGUACUUACACUUUGGAGAAAAAGCAGACUCGACCAAUCAGACUCUGAAAUACAUGAACGCCGUUCGCAGACGCAAAGGCCUCUACGUGGAGGAGAAGAUCGUAGAACAUGCGGAAAAACAGCGAACUCUCAGCAAGAACAAAUAAAGCCAAUGACCCUCACUCAGGAAACACGAGCAGAAUGGAUUUCAGGAAACCCAUUCUUAUGGCAACUGUUGCAUUAAAUUCAAUGCAACAAUGCAUAUAAGAAUGGGUUUGCACUUGUUUAAUUUAUUUAAAUUGUUCUACUCGUGUUUUAUGAAAGAGCUUCUUUAAACCACUCCUUCAUUUGACUUUACAGUAUCGCUCUCUAAUGACCAACCAGUUGGCUGAAACGGAGCGGAUAGUGAUUCAGUCAUUAUCUUCAGAAAACGACAUGUGCUUUUGAAAAUCCGUUCAGUUUAUAGCAGACCACGGGUUUCAUUUAUAAUGGAUCUCAUGAUUUCCCGUUGCAAAUUGGUCGAGAAACCAAUGUUCAAAAUGUUAAUGGAUUCAGUGACUGAAACUCAUGAACUAAUAUCAGUUAAAUCUGCUGAGAGAUUUCAAAUACAACUGAACAUCAAGUCUUUAUUCUACGCUAUAUUCAUCUGCACGCAUCUAUUGUAAAAAUGAGCUGUGCUAUUAAGCAAUUAAGCAAUUGCAGUGCACUCUGAAACCUAAUGUUGUAAAUAUUAGACCGCAAUUAAAGUCAGUUACACAGUUUGAGACAUUGUUAGAGCAGACUGAAGGAAUAGAUUGUCUGAUUUGCGCUUUUCCCUUCACAUGUUCCUAGACAUCCAUUCCUUCCUCAGUUAUUUAAGACAGGAUUAAACCCAAUAAUUAAAAUGACGUGCUUUGAAAUCAUGCUGUAUCUUCUUACGUGUUUGGGAUCUGACGUUGCAUAAUUUAAGAGUCCUCUUGAAAUACCGUUUCAAUUAGAUUGAAGUGAAGUGGCCCUGAAAUGAAUUCCACCAUGGCUCCCUUUUGGUUUACAAACGUUUAAACCCUUGAUUUAAUUUGUGUGGAACACAGCUUGAAUGGCACUGGGAGAAGGAUUUGAAUUUUUUUUUAAUAAGAAAGAGCAAAUAUCUUGUAAGGAGCUCCCAAAAUACUGCAGCCUACUGAAUAGCACACGUGUGAAAUCACUACUGAGAUUUAAGAAAUAAACUCGACUGAACACACAAGCUGUUGCCUCUGAUGUGCAGAAUCACUUUGUACCAAUGCAUUUGAAUCAUGUCAUUUAGGAAAUGCACUCAUCUACCUGUUACAAUCAUAAUGUUUAUUUAAAAUUAAUAUUCUUUUUAUC